AUGGGGUUGCUUAAGGUGGAGACUCACGUUAUUAACGACGAUGUGCAGGUAGAUGAUGUUUUACAGGAGCAAAGGCUCAGUGAAUCCGUUCCUCUCUCACGCCGACUGGAAGUAAGGAAACAUACAAGUGGGCAAGGUGCCGUAGAAUGUAAGGAGAAGGCAGCUACGUCGCAAAUGUCUUCCCCUUCCACUCAAUUAGUGGUAGCGGGUGAAACAACACCUUCCACCGACAUACGGAGGUCACUAAUGGCGCAAAGGGGUAGCAAACUUCCCUCCUGCACCAAAGAAUGUGUUUCCAAUACGAGUGUCAAUAAGACUCCACUAAGUGCGUUGAAAUUAUCCCAAAACGCCUCGUCACCUGCUGCCAAACUUGCCUUCUUGAAAAGGCACAACAAGGCACCUUCUGUAUCCCACCCGGGAGGUGCUAUCCUUCCCGCACUGAUGACGAGAGUUACCGAUGUGGAGACGUUACUUUACACUCUCCUCCCCCCUCAGCGCAUAGUGUGCGAGGAAACAGGGGAAACGAUUGUGAAGUCGGUCUCAUUAGAACAACCGUCUCGCGUUGAAGUAGCUAAAUUGCACGAACGGACACUGCAGCAGCUACAGCAGCGUCGGGCACGAGAAUGGGGAAUAUGCCCGCUUAGACGUGAAAUCUAUACCGAGUUGUUCGAUGAACUUAUUAGAGAAAUUACGCUUGAGGAACCCGCACGUGGUGUCUUGUUGCUUCGUAUUCGUGAUGAGAUGAAUCAAACCCUAGCUGCUCACCGCGCCCUUGCCGAGCGAACCUUACUUUUCGCCUCAAAGCAGCGGAUGGAACCACCCGAAGAUAUCAGUGCCCUUCGUCAGCGGAUAAAGGAACUGGAAGAGGAGCGGGAAGAAUUACUGGUGAAGCGAAGGAUGGCAACUGUGCGGGAGGAACAGAUACAGAGCGCGCUUCUUGAUGAAAACACAGCUAGGGUGAAGUUGUGGCAAGAUGAAACUUGUUACUACCGCCGCGCCAACAGACAGGUAUCACAGCGCAUCAAGACAGAGACGGAGCGCGCAAAUGCCCAUGGUGUUCAGGUGGAUCGCUUUGUUCUAGAGGGAGGUCCCCCAUCGUCUGACCUCGGUGUAGAGCUCUAG